CAAUUUGCUGACUCGCUUCAUUCUUUAUUCUUCAGAAGAGCUUUACUACAUCUUCAGAGUAGAAAAUUUUGAAGCUCAUUUUCUGUCCUCAUCUUCAGGUUCAUAUGUGAGGUGAGAGAUUUCUAAGAUAAGAGAAGAAGGUUACAGCGUCAGAGUAAAAACAUAUUGAAGCUUUGCUCCUGUCUUCAUUUUCAGGUGUCUGUCUCAAAUUUGGAAUAAUGCUUCUCAAAUGUUUGGGUUUCUGCCACUCAAAGGAUACAAGUGCAUCUAAGGGACAGUAUCCAACAGUGAUAGAAGAGCUAUGCCAUCAUUUUUCCCCGGCUGAUCUUAGGAAAUCAACCAACAACUUUGAUGAAAACCAACUAAUUGGACGUGGAGGCUUUGGUAGUGUAUAUAAAGGUUGUCUCAAACAUAAUGGUGUUAGUGAUUAUACAGUCGCAUUAAAGCGAUCGUACCGGAAUAACUAUGGAGAGUUCGUGAACUAUGGAGAGUUCAAGAACGAAAUAGAGUUGCUUUGCCAGCUUCGUCAUGCUAAUUUGGUGUCUCUUAUAGGAUUCUGCAACCUCAAACAUGAGAAGAUUAUUGUGUACGACUACAUACCCAAUGGAACUUUCCAUGAUCAUCUACACGAUAGGGACAGGGACACACUCUCAUGGAAGAAAAGGCUUGAGAUAUGCAUAGGAGCAGCAUGUGGGGUGCACUACCUUCACACAGGAGCCAAGCGCACGAUAAUUCACCUUGACGUAAAGCCUAGUAACAUUCUUUUGGAUAGCAAUAUGGUUCCCAAACUCACAGAUUUCGGGCUUUCCUUACAGGGACAACGUUUCAUGUCGAAGCCAAAACCAAUUGAAGUAGACCGCAUUUGUGGUACUUUCGGUUUCAUGGCCCCUGAGUAUACCAUGUACGGUACCGUCACAGAUAAAUGUGAUGUUUACUCAUUUGGUAGGCUUCUACUAGAAGUUGUGUUGGAAAAGCCAAUAUCCUCAAUACAGUCGUCCAAACCUGCUUGGGAGAAUAUUGAUCCGAAUCUCAAAGGGAAUAUUGCACCAGAGUGUUGGGAAGUAUUUAUGGAUAUCACGGAAAGAUGCUUGAAGGAGGAAGCAGAUGAGCGACCAACAAUGGGUGAAGUAGAGGUGCAACUUGAGCUUGCUCUAUCAUUGCAGGAAGAAGCAGAUAGCACAACUACCAAUGGUAAAUACACCUUAUUGUCCAACACCAUUAUUAAGCUGGGACCGGAAUUUGAGGACAGUGUGAUAUAGAAGACGUUUCUUAGGUAAUGUGGUCAACUGGAAUUAAGGGUGUUAAUUUUGAGUCAGAAAACAGACACUGUAGACUCUUUGCAGUCGUUAAGUUUAUUUGAGAUAUUCCUAGGAUUUUGAUUGUAUUGGAAGCUGUUAUUAUAAUUAUCAUGAACUAGAAUAAUUUUGA